AUGAAGAACCUCAUCUUGUUAGCGGCCCUUGUGGCAUGCGCCCUCGCCGCCGUCGUCCAAAUCCCUCUCAUGAAAAUCGAGCCAUACAGAAACCGUCUGAUCCGUGAGGGAAGAUGGGUUGAGUACCGUAAGGAGCGUGAGAUCCGUCGAUUCAUGAUGGAUAAGCAACAAGUCGCUGCCGCCGUCGGACAAUACGUUAACGAUUAUGAGGAUGAGGCUUACGUCGGAAACAUCACCAUUGGUACCCCACAACAACAGUUCAAGGUGAUCUUGGAUACUGGAUCAUCCAACUUGUGGAUUCCUGAUAUCACUUGUGGAACAAAGCCAGAGAACUGCUCCGCUGUUCCAACUUGCCAUGGAAUCCUGUGCCAAUUCGAGUGCGACGACCAAGCAUGCUGCGGAGCCGGACCAAACUACACCGACUCUUGUCUCCUCCAGGCGAAAUUCGACGCCUCCAAAUCGACCUCCUAUAAAUCCAACGGAAGAAGCUUCAUCAUCGAGUACGGUACUGGAUCCGCUAGAGGAUUCCUCGGACAGGACACCAUCACUUUCGGAGGAAUCGGAGAGCCACAACUCGCCGUGCCAAACACCAUCUUCGGACAAGCAACCUCUUUGGCUGCCUUCUUCGAGGGUCAACCACUCGACGGAAUCCUUGGACUCGCGUUCAAAUCGAUUGCUGUAGAUCAAAUCACACCUCCAUUCAUCAACGCCAUCAACCAAAACCUUGUCGACCUUCCAGUCUUCACCGUCUUCUUGGAGCAUGAGGGAGAUCAAAACGGAGUGAAAGGAGGAAUCUACACCUACGGAGGUAUUGACACAACAAACUGCGGACCAGUGAUCGCUUAUCAACCAUUGUCCAGUGCCACUUAUUAUCAAUUCAAGAUGAGUGCUAUCGGAUCAGGAAGCUAUCGAUCUUCUAAGGGAUGGCAGGUUAUCUCCGACACCGGAACUUCUUUGAUCGGAGGACCAAAAGCCUUUGUGCAAGGAAUCGCUGACGCCGUCGGAGCCACGUGGAGAGACGACUAUGGAGUGUACAUCAUCCCAUGUAACGCCAAGAUCAACACUGUUGAUAUCACUAUCGGAGCGCAGGUGUACAAUAUUGACUCCUCCAAUACGAUUAUCCCAUUGGGAGAUGGAAGCAGCAAUUGCAUCUUUGCCAUCUUCCCAUUCAGCAGCGGAGGCUUCGGACCAUCAUGGAUUCUCGGAGAUCCAUUCAUCCGUCAGUAUUGUAAUAUCUACGAUGUUGGAACCCAACGUGUCGGAUUUGCCAAGUCACUUCAAUCCAAGUAA